AUGGCUCCACCAGUGAUAUGGGGUCUCGACCUCGCGGAGAUGCAAUGGUACAAGUUUGGCAGCAAAUAUAUGUUCAAGAACAGGGACUAUCACUUGAGGCGGACGAAGUUCAUUGUCUACCAGUGCGCAUUGAUCUUCUGCGUGGUGUCGGAAUCACUAGGCACGGCAGCAUUAUCUGACAUGCUUGACGCACAAGACUUCGUCAAGGGUCUCGAUCAUAACGUCUACGUCUACAACAACGACUACAUUGGCGUCGCAUCAUUCAAUAUUUUUGCGGGUGUUUUCGUUGCAUUCAUCUUCGGUGCAGCAUUCUUCUUCGAUCUCUUUUGGCCGGCACGUCGGGAAUCAAGAGCUGUGAUGUUGGCCUGGCAGAUCUGUGGAGUUCUGGCAGUGGCUUUCAUGACAGGAACCGCUUUCGCCUUGACGGUCAUUACCGCCAUGCGGUGUCAGUACUUCCGAUCCGCCGAUGGCAUACCCUUCACAGCAGCAUAUGGACAGUCACUGCUCAGCCAGUUCAAGAAGGAUGGAGGAACACCACUAUGCUAUCGGGACAACGGCCGCGCAGUUGCAGCAGUCGUAUUUGUUUGGCUUGGAUUUCUCAGCGUCGUGGGCAGCUGUAUACUGCUAUUCAUGUCGAUCAGCCACUACAAGAAGCUCGGCCCAUACUCGACGCAUGCCCGUCCUACAGUCGAAGAGAAGGAUCCAGAGGCAGGUCACUUGAGCGAGGCGGAGAUCCACGAACCACAACAUCCGGCAGCAGUGCAUCAGGCUCCCGCUGUGAACGACCAAGUUGAUGGAGCGGCCACAUGA